AUGGCGUCAAACCCGCGCACACACACUCGAGCAUCCGGCAAGGCUCGAUCGAUUCCUGAUGCUGAUGCAGAUCUGACGGCUAGCAAGAUCCGUUUGGCACGUAGAAAGCUUCAGAACCGGCUCAAUCAGAGAGCACAUCGAUCGAGAGCCCGGGAUAGGAGAGUUGACGACACGGGACAGCCUUACCGAGUGCAUCGCUGGCGGAUAGAUGACGGUAGAGAUGACAUUCCAUACAUCAAACCACGGGCACUUCCGAGCGACUCUACCUCUGUACCUGUGGAGGACAAGUCCGCUCCGUCCAAUCAGCUGGUCGUCCCGAGCAGGGAGCUCGUUCCGCAUGGUGCAUUAGUCUCCGUCUCUACCACAACCCCAGGCCGUGCUUCUGCUCCUUGGCUAGGCCUCAGCUACUGCCUGCUCUCCGAUCAUCUGCUGCAUCUAAUUCACUUCAACGUCCUCAGGGGCCUCUCAUACAACAAGAAAGUCAUCAAACCAAAUGCCUUCAUCGAAUGCACAGGCAGCGCCACGGCCCAGCUGAAGAAGAUCCUCCCUCACAUCCCGGAAGCAACCUCCCUCGUGCAGAUCCGCCUCCCUGAAAGCCUCGCUCCGACCAAGCUGCAGAUGUCGUGCCCCCACUCCAACUGGAUCGACGUGUUUCCCUUUCCGAAGAUGAGGGACAAUCUGAUUCGGUGGGAGAAUUACUUUAGCCAUGCGGAGUUUCUGACGGACCUUCUUGGGAAUUUGAUCAACUGCAUGACCGCUCCGCCACCCAAGACGACGCAUUCGCUUCUGGGUUCCAGGGGGGAGGAUGAGGAUGUUCCGACUGAUCGCAGGGGUUUGAUUUUAUGGGGGGAGCCGUUCCACAAGGAUAGCUGGGAGGUUACACCGGGAUUUCUAAGGAAAUGGUCGUGGGCAGUUGACGGAUGUGGCGAGUUGCUUGAGUCUACUAAUCGGUGGAGAAAGACGAGGGGGGAGACGCCGCUGCGGAUGGCAGCGAUGCCGCAGUAG